UGGGAGGAGCUAGUCGCGUGGUUCCGGUGAUCGUAGCGGUGGCGAAAGGGAGGCGGCCUGUCUGACAGCCUUCCACUGCCCGCGAGACUGUAUUGGUAACACCAGGGUGGACGCAUUCUUUUGGAGCUGGAGGAGGUUCUGCACUUUGAUCCCCCAUUUCAGCGCUUUGGUUCCUCCCACCCGGCAGUCUUUGGGGGACGUUGGUCCGUCUGCCUCUAGGUUCGUCUGCUACCCGCUAUGCCAUUGCCCGUGGCGCUGCAGACCCGCUUGGCCAAGAGAGGCAUCCUCAAACAUCUGGAGCCUGAGCCAGAGGAAGAGAUCAUUGCUGAGGACUAUGAUGAUGAUCCUGUGGACUAUGAGGCCACCCGGUUGGAAGGCCUGCCACCAAGCUGGUACAAGGUGUUUGACCCUUCCUGCGGGCUCCCUUACUACUGGAAUGUGGACACAGACCUCGUGUCCUGGCUCUCCCCACAUGACCCCAACUCUGUCGUUACCAAGUCUGCCAAGAAGCUCAGGAGCAGUAAUGUAGAUGCUGAGGAGAAGACUGACCGGAACCACGAAAAGUUGGACCGGGGUCAUGACAAGUCGGACCGAGGCCACGAUAAGUCAGACCGGAGCCAUGACAAGUCAGACCGAGGCCAGGACAAGUUGGACAGAGACCGAGAGCGUGGCUAUGACAAGGUUGACAGAGAGAGAGAGCGGGACAGAGAUCGGGACCGGGACCGCGGGUAUGACAAGGCAGACCGAGAAGAGGCCAAAGAACGGCGUCACCACCGCCGGGAGGAGCUGGCUCCCUAUCCCAAGAGCAAGAAGGUGGCAAGCCGAAAGGAUGAAGAGUUAGAUCCCAUGGACCCCAGCUCAUACUCGGAUGCACCCCGGGGCACGUGGUCAACAGGGCUCCCCAAGCGGAACGAGGCCAAGACAGGUGCAGACACAACCGCAGCCGGGCCCCUCUUCCAGCAGCGCCCAUACCCAUCCCCAGGGGCUGUGCUCCGGGCCAAUGCUGAGGCCUCCCGAACCAAGCAGCAGGACUGAACCUUCGCCCUCACAGCCCCGGCUCUGGGGUUUUUAAUAAAAGCUUUUCUGUGGAUCAUGCCUCUGAGGCCUGAGUGCUUCCUUCCCUCUGUCUCUUGAGGCUUCCCAACCCAAGCCAGCAAGAUGCAAAACACAUUUUAUUUGCAAAACUCACCUAAGAAAUAGCAUGGGGGUGGCAAGGACAUGAGGAUGGCAGGGCUGGAGGCUGAGGAAGUGCCUCUCCAUAUCCUCAUAACAAGAGAAAAGUUAGUCAUGCCAGCUCUGCUUAGGGGCAGAGGUUGGUGGAGACAGGGAGUUUGGUGUCUACCUCACCCCAUCCCUAAUACUGAUCAGAGUUUGGCCCCAGCUGGGCCAGGGCAAGAAAGGAGAAUGAGACCAGGCCAACGUCUUCAAUCCCAGCAGCUACGAACCCUUCACCUUGGUGAGCAACCUGUGGUGGGAAUGGGAAGGAAAGAAAAACACAGAAAGCUGGGAUGGGCUGGCAGGUGGGUUUCCUGAGCAAGCGAAGGGCAACAGCAGUGGGGCUGACACCCCUGGGUUAGUAACAGCGCCUACGCGGAGAGUGCGGGUCCCUGGAUCAGAAAGCUGCACGUGGACUAAAUAAAUACAACAUCUUUAUUUGGCAUUGCGUAUCCUGACAUUUGUUCAUUACAGUUCCUUAGAAAACAAACCAAAAAAUCAGAACAAAUUAAUCAAAAAUAAAGAUCCAAUAGCUCUAUUUACAAACAGCAAAGAACCCAGGCAUCUCCCAGGCGCGCGUGCGCGCACACACACGCGUGCGUGCACACACUGGCAUAGAGUUAAGAGGUUAAUAAGCUUUGGGGAAUGCAGGGGGCAGGUUCCACAUUUCAUCAAUUCUAAGACCCCCCCCAUACACACACACACACACACACACACACACACACACAAACAA